AUGUACCACAGCAUAUCCUCGGGGGAAGUUGGGGCGGAUCGCGUGCGGGAAUUGGGCGAGAAGCGAGUUUGGAGUGAGUGGUACAGCCAGGGACGGCCGGUGGCGGGGAGGCGGGGGGGGGUGCCGGUGCCGCUCGUACAUGCGCAGACGGGCGCCCGACGCGGAAGUCUGUUGGAGGGAGCGGGUCCCGGGGGGCCGGAGCGGGCCGGGCCGGGCCGUCCUGUCCUGGGCUGCCGCUCCGGCUGUGCCGGGACCUGCUUCGCCCAGGGCGGGCUGUUGAAUAGCUUUUACUUGCCUUGGUCCCUGCCAGCGCGGUGUGCCGGAGCCGGAUCGGCUGUGCGCGCUCUGGAGCUCUCCCCGGAGACUGGGCGGCUCCGGGGGGCUCCGGUGCGGUGCAGGGUGAGGACAGGGACUUGUUCCCUUUGGGCUCCGCUUGGACGGAGGUCUAGAGAGCCCCGAGGACGACGUUUGGCCUUCUGUUUGCUUUCUUAUCCCAUAGAUGUUCGUCCUCGGUUCCCUCAGCCCGAAAUAAAGCCGUGUACGUGUUUGACGUACUCGGGGCUCUGCUCGCCUGUGGUAAACACCGCUAGCUGUGUGAGGACACGGAGCUGUGGGCUGCCUGCGCUGGGCCCGUUCUCUGGGACCUGCAAGAGUGUCUGUGGCUGCAGACCACCCUGUGUACUGAACAGCACCCAGGCCUGUCCUUGGACAAAGCUCUCUGAGGAUAAAGCUGACCUGCUGAGGCAACCAAGAAAAGCAAGUGGUCUACAAAUUGUUCCUGACAUGUUUAUUUUAUUCCUGGAGGACUGGUCUGCUCAGAAAACACAAGCUCUGGGUCUUCUCCUGCUUUCUUGUCUUUCAAAGCAUGAGAUCCUACUGAUGAAAGAAAAUUACACCUCCUUUAUACCAGUUAAAAGCUUCCAUUUUUAAUGCUAUCUUAGCCUUAAUAACACCUAUACAUCCAUUCUUAGGAUUAGGACCAAAGUGAAAGAGAACUAAUUCAUGGAACACAUUGGUCUCUUGGAGUUUCCUGAAGCUUUAUUUACUAAGUGAUAGAUGGGGAAUCUGAGAACCUGAGUUCCUGAGUAUCUGCUAUUGGUACUACUAUGAAUUAAUUGCCACAGAUCACUUGAUCUUUAUGUGUCUUGAUUUGCAAUACCUUUAAUGCUUUUGCUGUCGGGGAGAUGUAACCUCUUGAAAGUUGUAGAAUGCUUUGAGACCAUUGCAUAGAUGGUACUGCAUGAAAGCUCAAAAUAACAUACAGCAAAUC